UUUUGACUCUCGUCGGGGCGUAGUCAACAGCUCUUCACUGCGCUUCUCCCGGCGCGGGUUGCUCUUCUUAUGUCGGGUCCCCGGGAUUCGGUGUUCGUGUAGGCGAUCUGCGGCGGCGAUUUGCUGUUCUUUCUUGACCAUACGUUGGCUCCCUGCGCGGACGAUCGUUUUUUCCCCGCGCUGCGACGGAGUUAGGGCUCGAAUUCAAAUCCAGUUCCCUAGUCUCUUCGUCGCUGAACGGCAAAUUAGCUGAUUUCCGCCAUCCCCUUAGCUGCAACCAACUCUGUGUUGUUCUUUUCAUUCGCACUCGAAUCUUAAAUUUCUUCUUCGCCACUCUGAACCCCUCGAAAAUCAGUUCACGCAGCGUCGGAACAAACCUCCGUCGCGAUUUUGCUGCAGUAUGGCCAUUGCUGGAUAUGAUCAGUCUCAGUUCGACAUUUCUAAGGAGGAGAAGGACAAACUUGUGGGAGAAGUGAUACGUUAUGUGUUGUUCAAGACUCACCAAAACUCGGGGUGUCCAAUCAAGAGAGAGGAGCUCACUCAGUUGGUCACUAAGAAUUACCGAAACCGUAACCUUCCGGCGCUUGUCAUCAACGAGGCCAGCGAGAAGCUCUCGAGCAUUUUUGGGUAUAAGAUGAGGGAGCUCCAGAAAUUGCGCCCUUUGGCUAACCAGGCUCGGUCUUCUCAAUCAAGUUCAUCAGACAGCAGAUCCUAUAUCCUCAUGAGUCAGCUACCUGCUGAAUUAUAUGGGAGGUAUGUGGAGGACAUAAAUACGGCCCAUCUGUCUGGUUUUACUUUUGUGGUGAUAAGUAUCGUGCAUCUUGCUGGAGGCAAAAUCCCAGAAGAUAAUUUAUGGCACCAUUUGAGACAGUUAGGAUUGCAUGAAAGCGAUGAAAACCACCCAGAAUUCGGAAAUGUCAAGCAGACAUUGGAAGCUUUAGUCCAGCAAAGAUAUUUGCAGAAAGACAAAGUUACUGGUCCAGAAGGUAGCACGUUAUUGUACGAGCUUGCUGAGAGAGCAUUAGAUGCAAGAAUCAUUGAGAAGAUCAAAGAAAACAUAUCACAGGUUGUGAAGAAAGAUGUCACUUAUGAAGACGCGGAGUAGCAUCCAUUUCAGGACAGAGUAGCUGUAGACUCAUGAUAGGAUUCUUACCCUUUUCUUUCUAUAUGGAAGAUUCUGCGCUCAUAUGGAGUUGUACCCUAGCUAAACAGUGUUUUGUAUUUCUAUGUCAAGCUUAUCAAAAUGUGUGGAACAAAUUAAUGCA